UCCUGGAGCCUCCCCAGUGGAGGAACCCCGCGCUGCAGCUGGCGGCUGUGACAUGUGCUCACAGGAAGACUUCCAGGCACGGAGGAGCCAGCUGGUGGCACUGUUGGUCUCGGGGUCCUUGGAGGGCUUUGAGAGCAUCUUGGACUGGUUGCUGUCCUGGGAUGUGCUGUCCUGGGAGGACUAUGAGGGCCUCCGUCUCCCUGGCCAACCUCUCUCCCAUUCUGCCAGGCACCUACUGGACACAGUCUGGAACAAGGGUGAUUGGGGCUGUCAGAAGCUUCUUGAAGCUAUCCAGGAGGCCCAGGCCAACAGUCACACCCUUGAACUGCAUGACAGCUGGGACACUCACUCCCUUCAUCCCACCAGAGACCUGCAGAGUCACCGGCCAGCCAUUGUCAGGGAACUCUACAACCACGUAGAAGCCGUGCUGGAGCUGGCAAAGGAGAGGGGAUUCCUGAGUCAGUACGAAUGUGACGAGAUCAGGCUGCCAAUCUUCACAUCAUCGCAGAGGGCAAGAAGGCUGCUUGAUCUUGCCACAGUGAAGGCAAAUGGACUGGCUGCCUUCCUUCUGCAGCACAUCAAGAAAUUACCUUCGCUGCCCCUGACUUCCGAAGCUGCUGAGCGCCAGAGGUUCAUCUCGAAGCUGAGGACCAUGGUGUCAGCUCAGUCUCGCUUCCUCAGUACUUACGACGGGUCAGAGAAUCUUUGUCUGGAGGAUAUAUACACGGAGAACAUCUUGGAGCUGCGGACAGAGGUGGGCACGGCUGGGGCCCUGCAGAAGAGUCCUGCCAUCCUGAGCCUGGAGGAACUCUUUGGUACCCAUGACCAUCUGAACAAGGAUGCAGACACCGUACUGGUGGUGGGUGAAGCAGGCAGCGGCAAGAGCACUCUCUUGCAGCGGCUGCACUUGUUGUGGGCCACGGGGCAGAACUUCCAGCAGUUUCUCUUCGUUUUCCCGUUCAGCUGCCGGCAGCUGCAAUGCAUGGCCAAACCGCUGUCUCUAAGGACGCUGCUCUUUGAGCACUGCUGUUGGCCCGAUGUUGCCCAGCAGGAUGUCUUCCAGUUCCUCCUUGACCAUCCUGACCGUGUCCUGUUAACCUUCGACGGCUUGGAUGAGUUCAAGUUCCGGUUUACUGACCGGGAGCGUCACUGCUCCCCAACUGACCCCACCUCAGUCCAGACCCUGCUCUUCAACCUCCUUCAGGGGAACCUGUUGAAGAACGCCUGCAAGGUGCUGACCAGUCGUCCAGACGCCGUGUCAGCUCUCCUCAGGAAGUUCGUCCGGACCGAAUGCCACCUCAAGGGCUUCUCCGAAGAAGGCAUCGAACUAUACCUGAGGAAGCACCACCGGGAACCCGGAGUGGCAGACCGCCUCAUCCGCCUGCUCCAAGCCACAUCAGCCCUGCACGGUUUGUGCCACCUCCCUGUCUUCUCAUGGAUGGUGUCCAGAUGCCACCAGGAACUGUUGCUGCAGAAUGGGGAGUUCCCAACAACCAGCACAGACAUGUACCUCUUGAUCCUACAGCAUUUCCUGCUGCACGCCUCCCCCCCAGAUUCCUACCCCCUCGGUCUGGGACCUCGGCUCCUUCAAAGCCGGCUCUCCACCCUGCUGCACCUUGGCCACCUGGCUCUCCGGGGCCUGGCCCUGAGCUGCUAUGUGUUCUCAGUCCAGCAGCUCCAGGCAGCACAGGUUGACUCUGAGGACAUUGCUCUUGGCUUCCUGGUACGUGCACAAAGCGUUGUGCCCGGGAGCAAGGCACCCCUGGAAUUCCUGCACAUUACCUUCCAGUGCUUUUUUGCCGCGUUCUACCUGGCAGUCAGUGCGGACACAGCGGCAGCCUCCCUCAGGCACCUCUUCGGCUGUGGCCGGCUGGGCAGCUCACUGCUGGUUAGGCUGCUGCCCACUCUGUGUAUCCAGGGCUCCAGAGUCAAGAAGGGCAGCGAAGUGGCUCUCCUACAGAAAGCUGAGCCACACAACUUGCAGAUCACAGCAGCCUUCCUAGCGGGCCUGUUAUCCAAGGAGCAUCGGGACCUGCUGGUUGCAUGCCAGAUCCCUAAGAGGGUGCUACUCCAGCGCCACGCAUGUGCCCGCUCAUGUCUGGCCCAAAGCCUUCGGGAACACUUCCACAACAUCCCACCUGCUGUGCCCGGUGAGGCCAAAAGCAUGCAUGCCAUGCCUGGCUUCAUUUGGCUUAUCCGGUGCUUGUAUGAGAUGCAGGAGGAGCAGUUGGCACAGGAGGCUGUGCGUCGCUUGGACAUUGGGCACCUGAAGUUAACAUUUUGCAGAGUGGGCCCUGCAGAGUGUGCUGCUCUGGCCUUUGUGCUGCGGCACCUCCAGCGGCCUGUGGCCCUGCAGCUGGACCACAACUCUGUUGGAGAUGUUGGCGUGGAGCAGCUGCUGCCCUGCCUUGGUGUCUGCACAGCACUGUAUUUGCGAGAUAACAACAUCUCAGACCGAGGUCUCUGCACACUGAUCGAGUAUGCUCUUCACUGUGAGCAGCUGCAGAAGCUCGCUCUCUUCAACAACAAGCUCACGGACGGCUCUGCCUACUCCAUGGCCAAGCUCCUCGCACGCAGGCAGAACUUCUUGUCACUGAGGGUGGGCAACAAUCACAUCACGGGUGCUGGAGCCCAGGUGCUGGCCCAGGGACUCAAGAACAACACCUCUCUGAAGUUCCUGGGGUUCUGGGGCAACAGUGUGGGCGAUAAGGGUGCCCAAGCUCUAGCCGAAGCUGUGGCUGAUCACCAGAGUAUGACGUGGCUCAGCCUGGUGGGGAACAACAUUGGCAGCAAGGGUGCCCAGGCCCUAGCACUGAUGCUAGAGAGGAACAAGGCACUGGAGGAGCUCUGCCUGGAGGAAAACCAUAUCUGUGACGAAGGGGUGUGUUCUCUUGCAGAAGGACUGAAGAGAAAUUCAAGUUUAAAAAUCUUGAAGCUGUCCAACAAUGGCAUUACUUACCGGGGUGCAGAAGCCCUCCUGCAGGCCCUCAGCAGGAAUAGUACCAUUCUGGAAGUUUGGCUCCGAGGGAACACCUUCUCCCUGGAGGAAGUCGAAGCACUCAGCUCCAGUGACAGCAGAUUCCUGCUAUGACCUCUGAGCCUUGGAGGCGUGGACUCUGGAGGCUGAAGAGCUCCAGGCAACAUCCCCGUGCUACUCAGGGCUGGACUUUUCUCCUGGGAGCACUAUAGUCACCUUCUGAUAGCAGAAAAAGAUGCUCCAGUGCCCUCCAGAACUGACUUCUCCCAAGGGUGCAUGAUGGUUCGCCUUAGUUAACUGAACUGGAUUAAGAGACACGUGGGACGAGAGGACCACACUUCCGUGGGGUGUCUAGAGAGGAUCAUCAUGUAGGACAGCGGCUGAGAGGGGAAGGAACCUGACUGAAUGGGGGUAACACAAUCCACUGGGCACCCCGUGGGAGGAAGCUGAAGGAGGAGCACGUACUUGCAUCCGUGAGCCCCUCUUCUUCCCAAGUGAGGCUGCCAUCGCCUUUGCACAGAAGAUUCCGGCUUCUUUGGCUUUCAACACGGACCCAUCACCAGCAUCACUUCAGGGAGCUUCCAGGCUUCGAGUUGGAUGGAACUGCUGAAGUGUCCAGUCUCUUCCUUGGCCAGGGCAGUGACCAGAUUCUCUGCCUCUCCAGGCGGCUGUUGUUGGACUACCCAGCCCCAAUGGAUGACUCUAAGCAUGAGAUGAACCCAAGAGGAUCCCUCCGACAGUAUGUGGCCAGCCUCUAGCGGAACGGCCAGCGUUCUAACAGGGGUCAGUCAGGACCAUGGAUGUCAACUCGGCCUGUUGGUAUGGAGACCUAGACACCCCCCUCCUCUUCUCUCUCUCUCGGAGAGGAAUAUUCAGGAAACAGCUCUUAGCUAUGCCUGGACUCUGCUCACACUCUAAGGCCAUCCCACUCCGGUCCCGUCCCUCACUGCAUGAGGCCCAAUGGGACCUCAACCCAGACGGCAGACACAACACCUAUCCUGCUCCCCUUUCUUAACGCAAACAACAGCCAUUUGCCCCCACCCCCACUCCCAUGAUAUUCUAGAUUUACAGGAAAAAACAUGGCCAUACCCCAGCUGGGAUCACAGGUGGACUUUGGUUUCCAGUAGCAUCAAUUACUCUGUAGCCGCUGCCGCGCCUUUGGAGUCAGUUCCUGUCCCAGCUGCAGCUGUUUAGAGCUAAUCUGGGCCAGAAUUUCAAGCAGCUCCAGCAGGGCCUCGAGCUGGUGCCUGUGGACUGAGCGCUGACAAUGGACUUCUGAAACAUCCCUAACAGGCAGCCCCAUUUGAUCUGUGACAGAUGCUUUAGGAUGUAGAGUCAGGGGUUGGAGGUUUGCAGGGGACGAAACCUGGCCCCGCCUUUUUUUUUUUCUAGGCAAGGUCUUUUUGUGUUUUUUUUUUUUCAAAACAUCACCUUUGUAAUUUGUUAACUGUACCGAUUUACUGCCUUCCAUAUCAUUACGCGUGAAAACAGGUGAAUAUUUAUGAACUGCAUGGUUUUAUUUUUAUGCUGGUAUUUUUAUAGAAAAUGUGAUCAUGAACUUUCUGCUAUAAAUAACC